AAAGCUGGCGAAAAAACUAUUUUUCCAAAAUUGUAAAGCAUUGUUGACUGAUGGAAUACUUCUCUAGGAAAUAGCAAUAACCUAUUGGCGAGGACGAGCUAGGGACAUGGUAGGGAUCUAGGGAUGUUGAGGUCGCUCGUCUCGUCAGCUCACUUGGUGCAGCAGGCAUCACGCUUGUCAGCAGCGAAAUGGAAACUGGGCAGUAAUUGUGCAGCUGUUGAAUGUGCAGCACGUUAUGUCAGCACCAGUGUGCCACGGCUUGGCCUGGAGGAGUUCUUUCCUGACCUGUCGCAGCAUCCGAAUGAGCGUAAUCGCUCCGGGCGAGCCUGGGAUGUCACAGAUCUGCGACUGAAGAGUGACACGGACCUGCAUAAGCUCUGGUAUGUCCUGCUGAAAGAACGUAACAUGCUCGACACGCUCAAAUGGUCUGCACGUCGCCUGAGAGUGGAGAUGCCGGGCCAGGAGCGCUUCUGGAAGAUCGAAGAGUCCAUGGAUAACCUGCGCAAGGUGCUGCUUGAACGUGACGAAGCGUUCCGUCUUGCCGACGAGGAGAUCCGGCGUCUCGGCGAGGAGACCACAGACCUUACCGCGCCCAAGAUCGAGACGAUAGAAGCCGACAGCAUGGAAGGCGAGCCAGAGGAGAAGGAUGCCGCCGAGGAGGCUGCCGACGCCAACAAGCGAGCGCGCAAGAGCGUCACGGUGGAGCCACAGGACAACGAAGAGCACAUCGACGAGCCGUGGAUGAAGCAGUGGGACUUGCGCAGCUUCAACUCCGAGGAAAUCCACGAGUACCUCGUCAAGGAGAAAGUGGAGCGCAAGGUACACCUGAUGAGGAAGGAGUACCAGAAGGGAAGUAUCCGGGCGCUCAAGAACCAUAGACGCAAGCGUGGCCAAUUCAUCAACCGCCGCUACCCGCAGCAGAUGAAUGCCAAGUCGCCAUGGAUACGUCCGAGCUCCAAGUUCCUGCGGUACAAGCGAAGGCGUGUGAUGAAGAGGUUCUUCGUCAAGGGCAAGAUGUUCAGCAUCCGGUAGACAAGUGCGUUUGGCAUGCUGUGAGAUAGUUGAACAGAUAUGCUGCUACAGGCAGCCCCCACCCAAUAGACCGAUGCUAUAAUUAUACUUCAGUACAUGUUCUGUUUUUUAAUGAAAGGAGACUUGACGUGUUGGCUGUA